AAAAAGGCUAGAGGAGAAUCGAAGGUUAGGACGUGGGAGAAACAGGACCGCCUUUUAGGGAGUAUCAGGAGGGCGCAGGUAAACAGAGCAGUCAGGUGUGGCGGUGCUGGCAGCGGUGGUGUGUCUCUGGUGAUCAUUUCCUCACGAUGGUCAAGUUAACAGAGGACAUGGUGGUGGCCCGGUCCAGGGGGUCGGAUAUACACAACGUCAAGAAGCUCAACUGUUGGGGAAGUGAACUUUCUGAUGUAUCAGUGGUGAGAAAACUGCCAAACGUUGAAGUUCUGUCGCUCAGUGUGAAUCGCAUCAACACACUAGCAGACUUCCAGUACUGCCAAAACCUUCAGGAACUGUACAUUAGAAAAAAUAACAUUACAGAUAUCAAUGAGGUUCUGUACCUUCGUGCACUACCAAAACUCAAGAGUCUUUGGUUAGCAGAUAAUCCAUGUGCAGAAUUUGAACAGUACCGCCUCACCGUACUUCGAGCACUGCCACACCUGCAGAAAUUGGACAAUGUGGCCGUGGACUCAGAGGAAGUGCAGAAGGCCAUGGUGUGUGGCAUUCCUCUCCCAGCUGACAGAGGCGGGGAGGAGAGGGAGAUGCCACGAUCCAGCAGUGUGGGGGAGUCCCUUAGGAGUGAAUCAGGAGGAGGGAGCAGCCUGUCUGACUGCUCCCCUCCUUCCUCCGAGAGACGAUAUUCCCAGACCACCACCCCAACACGGCCUUCUCAGCAGGAUGUCUAUGAGCAGUCCUUGGAUGACGGGUAUGAAUACUCUCAGAAUGUGUACGACGACGAUGAUGAGCAGCCAGUCACUCGCCGCCAGCAGGGUUAUGGCCAGUACGCUGCAUCCGACUCCGAACGAAGGAUCUCCCAACACUCCAACCAUGGAUCCUCGCCUCAGCAGUAUUAUGGAGGGAGGAGAACAAGUCAGCAGAGACACCAGCAGUUAACCUCUUCAAUAGGACAAACGCAGUACACAAGGAGGCUCCCCGUCAGUCAGGCACCAGGUGGUUACCAGAACGCCAACACAAAUGGUCACUACUACCGGGAAGCUGACAGCAGGGAGAGACAACACCAGGAGUCUUACUACCAGCCACAGAGUCCAUCGCGUCGCAACAGCCAGAUGGUUGCCGAGGAGAACCAUGGAGACACACGCGGGUACAUUACAUCACCUGAGUCCUCUUGCACUCACAAUGCUGACUAUGAAUUCGACUCACGCAAUGCUAACUACCUGAGCCGGGAGGACACGGCUCCCAGGUACACCAGCGGCACUAACAACUUUCCCCCCACCCCAGAUAAUUCUGACAACAAUGCCACUAACAACAACCCACAAUGCCCCCUUCACCGGCGCUACAGUCAGGAGCCACGAGACCACCGAUGGUGUGAAGUUGAGGAGCGUGAGCGUGCAUACAGUCGUGGGGAUGGCUAUGGGUACGCUUCACCACCCUCUGAGGUGCAGCAGCCCUCCCCUGCAGCCUAUGAGCAGAGAGCAGUGUCCCAGGAGCCUCGCUAUGCCAGACAGGGGGAAAACAGAGCAGUGCAGCAAAACUAUGAUAAUGCAUACCGACAGGCAGAGCAACAGAUGGACUCUGCCACCAGAUCUGUGACAUCAGAACGCUCCUCUCCAACCAAACCUUACCCUGCCAGACCAAAGACUCGGAAUGCAAAUUUACUGUCUGCUGUUCUGUGUCUGGUGAAAGAGUUGGAUUACACCAGUCUGGAGGUUGUGGAGAUGGCCGUGCGCUGCCGCAUGGAGGAGCUCGAUGACUGAGUGUGAGUGGAGCAGCCAUCCUUUUUACUGGUGUGUGCUGCUGGCCUUCUUGGAGCUUGUGGGAGUGGUGAGUCAUGUCUGUGCCUGGCAGCUGCUAAGGAAAUUUAUAUAAAAACUGCUAUGUUGCCUUUUGAUUUAUGGCAUAAAAAGAGAUGAAUGGUACUUAAUUUUUGUUACUUUAGAAAAUUUAAAUACAGGUUGUAUUACAAUGCAUUAGUUUAUAUUAUUGAACUGCAAUAUGUGAUGAUAUGUCCCCAGGCUACAGAACUCCCAUUUUACUCCCUUUUUUUACCCAAACGUAAUAUUCUUGCAAAGAAUCUCAUACACUAAUUCCUAUGGGAUCUAACACCCUAACAAGAGACUUGUAGAACAGCAGAAUCUCUUCUAACUUGCAUGAAGGAUUUCCUCCGUGUGUAGAAAACUUGGUGAUGUUAAUGGUUUAUGAUUCUCUUGAAGCUUUAACAUUAUGUUCUCGGAUACUAGUACCUUAAUAGAUCUUUUUAAGUUAAUAUUAGAUAUUUGUUAUUUUUCAUUUAGUACAUAGUUAUGUUAUUAACAGUACAAGGUGUACACUAAAUACCACUGACUGUUUUUUUUAUAGUUAGUAGUUUACAUGUUUUUGCAAAAAUUGUUCAGAUAAAGUAGGCAAGGCUGAUGGGAAAAUAUUUCUUAGAUUCCUAGAAGUGACUGGUCAGAAAAUACUAUUUGCUGGGAAUAAUGUAAUCUUUUGAGUGAAAAAUUUAAAGUUUGAACAUUUAUUACUUAUAUUUUCAUGAUUUUUUAUUUCAAAAUAGACAAAUUUUAAAUUUUAAACCCGCAGUGGUGUAGUAUAAACAAGCAAAGCAUUUUAUGCAUUCAUGAGAGUUGUUGAAUUCCAAGUAAUUCAAGUAUGACUGAGCUACACAAAGAUAAUUGAAUACAUUAGGAGAGUAAGCAGUAAGGAAUGUUAGGACCACAAGAUGCUAUUUCAGUGAAAAAUCAGGUUAUGACAAUGCCAGGCAAUCAUGCAAGAAAUCAUACGCUAAAUCAAAUGCAAGUGCAAUCAUUGAUUAUGGUGAUAUCUUAACAAAGUGAUACAUAUAUUGCCCAUUGUGGCUUCUUCCACUGAUGUGUGUUCAUGUUCAUCCUACUCUGUAUCAGCAGUAUAGUGGGAGGGAAGUCAAGCCUCCAAUUUGGUGCAUGCUUUCAUUGAGUCAAGGACUGUGGACUGAAAGCCCAUUCAUUAAUUUCCUUUGUAAGGAAAUUGUUUUGAUUCCAUUUGUUUCAUAUUUUCAAAUGGUGGCCAUUCACUAUACAGUGAUGAGUCUCUUGUUUCACAGGUGGCUGCCAGUUUAUCUGUCCCUGGCUGGAUAGGUGGUUUGUUUUAUUAUUUUCCACACUGGUUGUGAGGAUCAUUGUUGACAAACUUACUCCAUUUUUUUUUUUUUUCUCUCCAGCUACUUCCUUCAGGUCCUGUGCAAUAGCAUUGUCUCAUGUUGGUCUUGGUCAUCUGCAUUUCUUUUCUUUUUUUCUAAUUUAAAAAAUUUAAUUUAACUUAUUUUUUUAUUUCUAGAUAACAUUGAGGAUGUAGCAUCUUCCUAUUAUUUAGUGAUUUCCACUGGAAUUUUUGUCUUAAUUUGUUAUAAACAUUUAACUGCAUAAUCAUUGUUAAUAUAUAUUAAUUUUUAAAUAGUAAAUCAAAGAAAGGAAAGGUAAAUGUUUUAGGUGACAAGCCAACAAUACCAAAGGCUUCAGCAAGCAGAAAUGGAAGGGUGUUCAGGUGGUGAUGUGAUAAGGACCAUUCCUCAUUUUUUUUAUUUUGUACAAAGCCACAAGUAACCUCAUCCAGAACUGGUUAAGGUUGCUUGAAAAAUAUUGAAUUCUUGUAAACUUUCAGUGUUUUGUUGCCUACCAGAUUUGUCAACAUCCGGCCAAUUGGAGAUAAGAAAUACUUUAAUGAAUGAGUGGUUUUAGCUUUAGUAAAUGUGCAAUUUUAAUUUAUUUCUGUAUGGCUCUAGGAAUAAGAUAAGACAUUGUGUCUCUAUACAGUGUCAUGCUUUUAUACUGAAUUGUUAUUUUUGAAAUUAAUGCUUUUUAGUGAGUUUAGUUUAUAUCUGAGCCAGACUUUGCCAGUAAUACAUGUAAUGUUCAGAUGCCUCUACCACCAGCAGGAAUUAAAAGGCUCAGGUUUGUGUGCUGAAGAUGAACAGUGCAGGUACUGCAUUGGUUGUCUUGUAUCAAGAUUAAAAGGUAUAUUCUAUCUGACUGAUUUGAUUUUUUUUUUUUUUUUUUUUUUUUUUUUUUUUUACUGUAGCCAAUAGUUACUUUGAUCUUGUCUAUGCAGCUGUUUUAUGUGGUUACUCUGUAGGUUGUAUUGUUGUGCACUCAUAGCUAGAAAAUUGUGGCACUUAAUGUUUAUUAUUGCACUGUGUCGAUUUAGAUGAUGAUCAUCUUGAAACCUAAGAGGAAAUACUUUGAUUUCAGAGUUCUCUGAGAAUUAUUAAUAAUGAAUACCAUUUGUGUUUUAUGUAUAGAAAACAAAUUAUUCUCCAAAGCAUUAUGUACGAUUAAGCAAAAAUAAAAUAUAAGAUAUGUUUCCUAGAACACAUCAACUUAAGGAUUACUCUCACAAAGUCCAUGUUAUGGUUCAUACACAAUCUUAGAUAAUUCAGCUCCCUCUGUUAGUCCUGCAUCUUGGCAUUCAUAAAGUAAAACAGAUUGGAAGUUUUUGCAAGACAUGUAUUCAUCUGCUGUUAUAUGAAUCACAUUAGCAUCAAUUCCUGAAGUAAUAUCUUAGUAUUAAUAGAUGUAAAUGCAUAUGAUUAGUCAAGCUGUAUCCAUAUCUGCAGUAAAUGUGACCAAAGUUCUCUGUCUGAAUGAGUAGGAAAUCAAAUCAAUAAGUAUAUAUACAUAAUAAAAUUAUUUUGUACUGAGUGUUUAGGUGUGGCUGCUGUGGGUAUUCUCUUGCCCAUUGCUCUGCCACAUUAGUCUCAGUAGUCAUCUUUCUGUCUGAUAAUUAUCUACUGCUUCAAGUUCACUGAAUACAUGGCUGUCUUUAAUAAAGAUCAAUAUUUUGUUUCUUUGAGGACAAUAGCAAUGAUUUUAGUGUAUAUACUGCAACACUUGACACUGGUGUUUUCUGACAAUGGUAAGGUCAUACAGUGACCAGCCAUGGCUGCACAUCACAGCUUAGGUGGAGGCAGUCAACCAGUGUCACUUCUGGUCAUCAUCUGCAAAUGAAAACUUCCCCUCCUGCAUCUGCCACACAUCCUCGUGUGCUUUGCAGUCAUGAGAAAGAACUUAUGAUGGAAAAAAAUUUAUAUUAGAAGAAAAGGCCAAUAAAGAAUCAUUAAUUGAAGGUAACAGUAUUCUAAGAUCAUCUUAGGCAUGGUGCAGGUAGAUUUGGUACGACAGUGGAAAGCCGAACUCCUGAAGGGGCCACAUUUAAAUGCUCAGUACAAAAUAGAUUUACUAUUGUACUGUAUAAGAAUUGGAAGAAAUGUAUUCUAAAUGAAUGUUGAGAAGUGGAACUGUGUAAUAUUAGCAGCUUAAUAUUCACCAUCUUCAGUACUUUUACUUUCUUUUCUGCCAUUAUUGUAACUAUGGAACUUGUACUGUUAUUGCAAAUUAACUAAACAAUUGAAGUUGAUUUGGAACUGUGUAUAGGUCUUCAUGAGUAGAAGCUUCCUUGUGUGAUGAUAAAUGUUAUGUCUGCAACCGGUAGUGUUCAGGGGAGACCAAAUAUUAUAGUGGAGUUGAGUUAUGGGACCAGUCACACUAGAGCCCCUGAGGAGAUGGUUAUGGGCUGCUGUUGGGGUUAUUAUAACAUGAGGGAUGAGAUUAUUCAUUUAAUUAAAUUUCUGUUUAAGUUGUCUCCCUGUGACAUUGUUUUUCAUUGUCUGUCUUCAUUACCAUUUUUCCUUUGACUGUGCACCAUAUGAUCCUUGAUGUGUGGUGCUUUCUUGAUUUCUAUUAACUUGACUAAGGGCCUUAAAACUUGUGCUGAAAUUAUCUUACAUUGCCUUCCUUUUAUAUAUAUAUAUAUAUAUAUAUAUAUAUAUAUAUAUAUAUAUAUAUAUAUAUAUAUAUAUAUAUAUAUAUAUAUAUAUAUAUAUAUUACACAAUUACACAAAAGUAUACUAAUGGUUGACUGAUAUGAUUUGAAUAAUCUUGACUUCUAUUUUGUACUCAAUGUGCUGAUUUGCUUCUUGGUGAAUGUUGUUUGUUUGUUUGUUUAGUGUUGCAUUCUCAGAAUUCAGUUUUGUGUGGUACAGUGAUGAUUUUUGUUUUGGCAUUUGUAAGACACUGGCUGACUGAAGAUAUAUUUGGAGGAGCUGUUGAGUUGAUUUUUUUUUUUUUUUUUUUUUUGUAGUUUAUCACAAACCAAUUAUUAAAACAUAAUAUAGAUAUGAUAUAACUCUGCUGUUUAUAAGUAAGGGUUUAUUGAAAACUAUUGUUCCUAUUUGAUCAGUGACAAAAUAUUAAUUGGUAUUAGAUAGCAAUCGGAAAUUAUAAUUUUUUAUUGGCUACUACAUGAUUAGAUAUAUAAUGGUGAUGUGCCAGUGAUGUCCAGACUUUUAUGAAUGUGCUUUGGUGUGUGUGUGUGUGUGUGUGUGUGUGUGUGUGUGUGUGUGUGUGUGUGUGUGUGUGUGUGCUAGCAUAAGGAGAUGUGGUAACUAUUCAGUGAGUCAAGAUAUCAUUUCCUUUACCUCACAAAAAAGGAGAUGCUUCCUCACCUACUUUUAGCUUGCAUUUUUUAUAUGGUACCUCUUACCUUGGCAACCUCAUGAUUCCAUGUCACUAUAAUGAUGAACAAAGAUUAUAUUAAAAAAAAAACAUUAUUUUAUUUAGAAUGCCAGAAAUUACAUAAAAGUGUUUAAAAAAAGAUGAAGUUUCAAAAUGCAUCAAGGGGUGAAUGUGUGUGAAAGGAAGAUGUAUCCAGUAAAGUAUUUUGUUGGAUUGUGAUAAAUUCUUAAUUGCAUAAAACUGUAAUUUGAUAAAAUGUGCAAAAAAAAUCUAGUAAUUUAUAAAAGUUUGAUUAUAUUUAUGCAUCCUCUUGUUGUUUUGUGUGCCACCUCACUAGCUUGAGAGGAGGCCAGAUAUGUAUAAGAUUAUUAUUAUUAUUAUUAUUAUUAUUAUUAUUAUUAUUAUUAUUAUUAUUAUUAUUAUUAUUAAUUGUUGUUAUCAUACAGCUAAUCUACCAAGGUCAUCUGGAUGUUGAUUGUAACAUUCUUUAGUGUUUCAAGGCUUGAGUUGCUUUGUGUUGUGAGGGUGGAGGCAAGAUGGCCACAGAGCCACACUGGGCCUUGGUGUCACCACUCUGGGGCAGCUCAGAAAUGCUGGAAUGCUUUGUCUUAUCUGUAACCAGUUUGAUUGAUCUGUGAUUCAUAGUUUAAGGGCUAGAAACUUAAAUAUAUAUUAGAUGAGCAUAUGUAUACUACAACUUAGCUAGUGAACAGCCACAUCUUCAGAACUGUGUGCAUUGGCAGUGUAAUAGAAGGGCUAUUGUGCAUUUUCAGUUUAGUUUACUUCAUUUUUCCAUUGAACAGUUAUUUCCUCUCCUAUCAUCAAUACAAGAUGGUGGAAUGUUCCACUCAUAUUUUGCUCCUGUAUGCGUCAGAACAUUGUGGUAAUACUGUUAAAACUGCUGCCUGUUGUGUGAAGCAAGAAGCGAUAAGGAGGCAGCCACGGCCUGAAGGUUGUUGUGAUAGACUGACGUGUUAGGCAUCAAAGGGAAUGCAGGUCACACCACUCAAGUAUUGGUAACACUAGUGACCAUACUGCAUCUGUGUAGGUUUGUGAUUCUGUCUUUUACUUGCUACAUCCUGGGUGGUUUGAGGCAUGGACAAAUAAGAUUCAUAACUUCUUUAGGAUCUUAUCUUAUUGAAUACAUAACUUAUGUAAUAAUACUGAUAGAAAAUAAUCACAAAUAAAAUUAAUAUAGAUGA